AGAUGAAAAGGAAGUGCAAACGAAUGCUGGGAUAUGUUUAGUAUAUUUUUUACCAUGUGGACGGCUAUCGGCGUGGUAAGAUGAAAAGAAGGCCUGAAGAUAUGAAGUCAUCAAAAAGCCCAGGAACCAAAAAUUCACCAUACAUUGGUGACCCACGUCUGCUUUUUCGUAUGAGACAGUACAUACAAUCUCAUCCUAAUCACCAGUCAUUUAGUGUGAGUAAAAUUACAGAAGACUUGCAGCAGUCAUUCAGUGAGUAUGGUAGGAAGAAAAGGAAUGUUUUCCAAAAGUCAGUUGUAAAAGUUUAUGAUGUUCUAUUAAAAGAAGAACAGCAGCAACGCAGUCAAGGCAAUGAAAAAGAUCAUGCAAGUUUUCUUGAAGAAAAAUACUUGACCAAGCGACAAAAAAUGCAGGCUCAGACUAAAGAUCCAGACACUGAAGGCAGUUUCUCAGAAGAAGAAGAGUAUGCUACCUACAAGGAUUCAAACUCCAUAAAUAAUGUCAUGGCAAACCUCUACAGAAACUCACCACUAAGACAAGACAGUGGAACAUUUAACACAAAUCUGAGUUCCAGCAAUUCAUCUUUUACAAAGGAAAAUACAGACUGUAAAGAAAAGAAGCCCAGUUCCCCAUCAGGUGCCCUGUUUCAAAAAAUUCUCAAAAAUAAUGAAUUCACAGAAGCAAAUUUGACUCCUGAAAGAAAAUUGGAAAGAUCAGGGAAUGCAGAUACAGUAUCUCAGGAAUCCAGGGGCAGUAUUACAAACUGCAGUAUUUUGUUUAGUGAAGCAACUUCUGAUGCUUUGGGAUUUAUUGAUAAAUCAUCACUGAAUGCAGAAGAUCUGUUUUUGAAUCAUACUUCAGGUGACAAAGAGAGUCCUAGUGUGCAGCCAAUGGAGGAAGAACAGAAAAAGGAUACAGAAAAGCAACCAAGAUCUGCAAAGAAAAGAAGAAAAACUGGAAUGGAAGUGGAACAAAAGCAGAAAGCAAUAGAAGUGCAGAAGUCUGAGCUCACAUUUGCAGAUAUUGGUGGCAAUAACAAAACAAUUAUGGAGAUCUGUAAACUAUUAGUUCACAUGAAGCACCCAGAGGUGUACCAGCAGCUAGGGAUCACUCCCCCCAGGGGAUUUCUCCUGCAUGGACCCCCAGGGUGUGGAAAAACACUGCUAGCUCAUGCCAUAGCUGGGGAGCUUGGUUUGCCCUUCCUUAAAAUGGCCUCCACUGAGAUAGUCUCUGGGGUCUCUGGAGAGUCAGAAGAGAAAGUCAGGGAUCUUUUUGAAAAAGCAGUGAACUCUUCCCCAUGUAUUUUAUUCUUGGAUGAAAUUGAUGCCAUUACUCCAAAGAGGGAAACUGCCUCUAAAGACAUGGAGAGGAGGAUUGUUUCUCAACUUUUGACCUGCAUGGAUGAUCUGAACAGUAAGUCUGACUGUCAUGUGGUGGUAAUAGGGGCUACAAACAGGCCAGACUCUCUGGACCCUGCCUUGAGGAGAGCAGGGAGGUUUGACAGGGAGAUUUCUAUGGGUAUUCCUGAUGAAGAAGCAAGAAUGAAAAUACUACAAGUUCUGUGCAAAAGUUUGAGGCUGUCAGAAGACUUUGACUACCUUUAUCUUGCCAAGAAUACCCCAGGGUUUGUUGGGGCAGAUUUGAUGGCAUUGUCCAGGGAAGCUGCUAUGACUGCUGUUAAUAGAGUAUUUAAUGAUCUACAGUCGGAGCCUGUUAGUUGUUUACAGGAAUCUGAUGUGACUAUGAAAGAACCCACAGAAGAUAUAGCAGACACAUCAGAGGGGAACUGUGCAUUAAAUGGUGCUGAGAAACCAGUUAAUGACUGUGAAACAGAUCUAGUAAAAACUCCACUAAACACAGUUUUAAGCUGGUUAAAAGACCACCCUCCUUUGACUCAGGAACAGCUUCAAGAACUCUCUAUAACAAUAGAUGAUUUCAAGGAGGCAUUGAAACAUGUCCAGCCAUCAGCUAAGCGGGAAGGGUUUGCCACAAUACCUGAUGUUACUUGGGAUGAUAUUGGUGCUCUUAAAGAUGUGAGAGAGGAGCUACAGUUGGCUAUAUUGGCUCCUGUUCAGCACCCAGAGCAGUUCAAGGCCCUUGGUCUGACCAACCCUCCUGGUAUUUUACUGGCUGGACCACCUGGAUGUGGUAAAACAUUGCUGGCAAAGGCCAUUGCAAAUGAAUCUGGGAUUAACUUUAUCUCUGUGAAAGGACCUGAACUCUUGAAUAUGUAUGUAGGAGAGUCUGAAAGAGCUGUGCGUCAAGUUUUUCAAAGAGCCAGGAAUUCUUCUCCUUGUGUUAUCUUUUUUGAUGAAUUGGAUGCUUUGUGUCCCAAAAGAUCAAAUGCUGGAGAGGGUGGAGCCAGUGUCCGUGUAGUCAACCAGCUUCUCACAGAGAUGGAUGGUUUGGAAGAAAGGAAACAAGUCUUUAUUAUGGGUGCUACUAAUAGACCAGAUAUCAUUGACCCAGCAAUUUUAAGGCCAGGAAGACUGGAUAAGAUAUUGUUUGUUGGAUUACCAUCAGUUGAAGAUAGGGAAGAUAUUCUAAAAACGAUAACUAAGAAUGGCACCAAACCCCUUCUUGGUGAAGAUGCUGUGCUGCAAAACAUUGCCUCUGACUCCAGGUGUGACAGGUUCAGUGGGGCAGAUUUAGCAGCUUUAGUUAGAGAAGCUUCGGUGUCUGCUCUGAAACGGUUCAUCUCAGGAGAAGCGAGUUCAACAUCUCCAGUUAUGGUGCAGAAGGAACACUUUGAGGCAGCUUUUAAUAAAGUUAAGCCUUCUGUCUCCUCAAAGGACCACAUGCUUUAUGAGAAAAUGAAGCUGUCUGCAACACCAAACCUAUAGCAGUGGAUCUCUUGAUAUACUGGUACAUGACUUUGAUGACAACAUAAAGUCACGCUGCUAGGCCUGGUCAUGUUACAUGUCCAGCUACACCAACAGAAUUCCAUGAAGUACUGUCAACAUAUGGACCAGGCACAAACUGGAGCUGUAGCAGACUUAGAAUACAUAAUAUUAAAUAUAAACAUGCUGGGCCCAUGCAUGAAUGCUAUUCAGCAGUGGCACAAGUUAAUUGUUACAGUGAAGAGGAAGUAAAUGAAGUUUGACCUUAUCAUUUUCUGUCAGUUUUGUCAUUGAUUUGUGUAAAGACUGGGUGUCAUGCCUGCUGUCUUUAUCUGCUGUCAGGGUAUCAAUGCCUCUCAGGUUCUUUAUGCCACACAGUUUAAUUGUGGUUAUAAAGUGAAACAUAAGUUAAUGUUACAAUAUCCCAUCUUUAACAGUUCAUAUACAGUUAUUGACCUAAAUGAGAAAACACUCAUUUUGACAGCUUGUUGUCAGAGAUUUCUGUCAGAAUGACAUAUUAAUUACUGGGCACUUAGUAUUUGUUUUUCAGCCUUUGUUGUCAAAGUUCAACUCGGUAGGUAAAAAAGAAGAAAAAAACUUGCAACUAUCUACUAUAAGAAGUAUGGUGCAAUUAGAAUGGCAUAAUGGUGAUUGAUUUGUAUCAAAAUUUAUUUUCUAUUACAACACUUUAAAUUAAGACAGGGAAUUAUAUUGAUAAGUGAAUAAACUGGUAACGGUA